CCGCCAGUUUUGCGGUCGUAAUGCUAAUCCAAUCAGAAACAUAUCAAAUACCACUGAAAAGCAAGUUAUUGCCGCAUGGUCGGAGUUGUGGAGAGAGAGUAAGCGAGAGUUCCCCCUUUUUUCCUUACUUAUAGAUGAAAGGAGAGUAUAAGGGCUUUAUCUGCGCCGCCAUAUGCCGCUCUUCUGUAGUUUCUCCUCAUAAUACGCGUGCCGCACUUAACGCGGUGAAUAGAGUUUCGUAUAAACUGUUCCACUGACUCAAGGACCGUACAACAAAGUGCCUUUAGUUCGAGCAAAGUGCCUGUUUUUCUAGUCAACCAGCAUAGUUUACGUUAGCAAAGAUAAGGGGUUAUUUUGUUAGAAGCUCAGGAUUUGUUAUUUCAAGAUGCUACAACUUAUGAUGGACGAUGACGUCACACAGCAGUUUAUUCAUGAUUCGCUGAUGGCUGAUUCAAUGAAACAACCCAAUCAACAACAACAAUUCAACUCGUUUCCAGAUGAUUACUUGCGCUUCAACAGCAACGACAUCAACAACCAUCCCAUACAGAACCAGCAAUCUCAAAACAUGCCGACCUACACCUGCAACCAGAACCAGGGAGGGUAUGUGAACAUAACGAACCAGCGCUACCACCCGUACCAGCAGAAACCACCAGUCCACCAGCACUACCCGACCACCAACACCAACCAGCAGCAACCACAACAGCCAUCGUAUCCACAAAACCAGAUUUUACCGAUUUCUUCGUAUCCGUGUACCUCGUACUCUUCCUACCCGACGGUGUCAGAUAAUUACCAGUCAAAUUGCAAUCAGUGGCAGAGCAACGUUCCAAACUACGAUUUAAAUUGCAACAAUAGCAGUAAUAGGGAGGUUUACGGCGCCACGCCUUCUACCACAUAUAUACAGGACCAAGGACAACAGGUCAAUCAAAACUUUCCCGGCGAUUUCCGGUCAUUCCAAACCUGCACUGCAACACAGCCAUCUUACGCCAACCAGCCAUAUACAGCAGUUAACGCACGCACUGGACCCGUGCAUCAUCUGACGUACGUAUCUCCACAGCUACGCAACAUGAACGGCGACUCAGGUUCGAGUCCGGACGCCGAUUUUCUCGACGGCGACUCUCCGGACAUUAAAAAGAAAGGGAGUAAAAAGCGCAAAAAGAAGGGCGCCAAUGAACCACAAAAGCCAGUAUCGGCGUAUGCUCUAUUCUUCAGGGACACCCAGGCUGCGAUAAAAGCCGACAACCCGAGUGCAACUUUCGGCGAGAUCUCAAAGAUUGUCGCUUCCAUGUGGGACAGCUUGAGCGAGGAAGCGAAGCAGAUCUAUAAAAUGAAGACGGAAACUGCAAAAAGAGACUACCUUAAACAGCUGGCAGCUUACCGCGCUAAUCUGGUGUCCAGGGGAGGUCUUGACGCUGAUGACGACGACAGCCAGCCGCUCUCCAUACUUAAAAUUAAGAUGGACAAAGCGACGUCUAGCGGUAGCGGUUUACCUCCUCCACCGCAGCUACAAGUCGCUCCGAAUGUUGCGUUACGAGGGCUAUCCAGCAGUGCUUCAUCAGUUCCAAUAUGCACACUUGGUCCACCACAAACUAUAACAUCCUCCGUGGCAUCAAAUGGUAUAAAGGUUAACCCGCCCUCAAGUGACGGUCAAUGUCAUGUUGUAGUUCAUGCAGUGCCACAAACAAGGGAGAAUUCAGUAAGGGAAACUACCACCCCUCCUCCUAUACAGCUACGUAACAUUGUACCAAAAGCGAACUCUCCAAUUGCGUUUCUACCAACGAAAGGACAAAUUAUCAAAGUAUUACCACCGAACCAGGCCGCUACCAUCGUCAGUCUUGAGGAAAACAGAAACCGAAUCCUAAAGAUGACCGACGUCAUUCGGCCUUUCGUGUCCGUUUCUGUCAGCACGACAAGUUCGCAAAUGACGUCGCAGCAGAGCAGUGUUCAACCGAUUCUACAAACUCUUACUCAAGAACAAAAUGCCUCAAUUGGUCAAUCCGAACAACAGGAGGUGGGCACCAUAAACGAUAUGUUGGGCAAUACUGAUAUAAUCGACUUAACUGACGCUUCUGAUAGGGAACCGAUUCUUAUCUCUGAAAGCAAAGAAUCUUUACAUGAAAGUCAAGGAACUACUCAGCAAACUGUUCGUAUGUGUUUACGCACCGGCUGUGGUAAUCUUGCCAUACCAGAUCCGCAAUGGGACGAAGAAUUCUGCUCGAGCGAAUGUGUCAUCAAACACUGCCGAGAUGUUUUCGAUGGCUGGACUUCCGCUCGUCCCGUCAGCGCUUCUGUGAAUUGAUUGUUGAACACGUUGUCUUUAUACACUGCCUUUUAUUGCGUGCCAGUGCCUAUAGCAUGUUUAACGUCGUUCGUCUUGUUGCUUUAGUUUUUUUUUAACAGGACGUACUAUAAAUUCAUUUUUUUAAAACACUUCUAGUAUACAAUUCAACUUAUUAUAGAUAGUAAAUCCCAUACACAUUCCAUUUCUUAACCGAUUGUGUCCCGUUUGCAGCAGAUAAAUAUUACAGGUAUUACGUUAACCGAAAGUUCUGUCUCUCUCUGUUUGAAACAAAAUUUUGCAAUAAAAUCGCAGUUGUUUACCUUUCUAACAAGAAUCCAAGAAGAA